CGUACGCCAAGUGGAGAUGGAAAUAAUAUGUCUGUAAUACGAAAUAUCAUGUUACACUUUUCUGCUCGGAGAAAUUAUGAAAAAAUUUUCAACGUAAAUUAUACACAUACAGGGCUUGACUCUAUAUAUUUUAUACGGUUUUUUAUUAUCAGUUUGACGGUUUAUAUGCAUAAUGUAAUGCAAUAUAUGUUUAUUCCCAUUGUUAAUGUAGUUGAUAUAGAAGAGAUAUACAAAAUACCUUUGAUUACAUUAAUAGUGAACGCUACAGUCACAAUAAACAUAAUGUUCGCCUUGAGCGGCGUUCUACACGCAUUUCAAUUAUUGAAAGACUUGGAUCAAAAUAAACAAUUAAAAUUUGUUAAAAAUGUCGCAUUGAGAUACAUGAGGUUAACGCCGUUAUAUGCUACAAUAAUUGGCUUCUACAUUUGGAUCCUUCCACUACUGGGAUCCGGACCAUUUUGGAAUCAUGUGGUCGAAGAAUGCGCUCAUUGUGCAAAAAAUUGGUGGAUAAAUCUCUUGUACAUUCACAAUUACGUCGCAGUUUCGGAAUUCUGUGUCACCCACGGCUGGUAUUUAGCAGCAGACUUUCAACUUUUUGUUUGCAGUCAAUUUGUAAUAUAUGCAUUUUGGUGUAUGCCGCGCAACAUAGGGUAUCCUUUUCUCGGGAUAUUAACAUUAAUAAGUUGCACUGUAUCUUUUGUUGCCACUUACGUAUAUAAUGCAUCUUCCAUCCUACGAUUUACACCAUACGUAACAAAAUUAGCAGAUCUACCAGAAUUCAAGGCAUAUUAUAUCAAAACACAUAUGUCUGCUACUGGAUACCUUGUUGGUAUAAUAGCUGGUGCAAUACUUCAUGAUCACAAAGGCAGUUCGUGGCGUUUGUCUAAGUUCUGA